CCGAUCUCCUGCUAGAAAUGUAUUUUGCGCAUGACAAAAUGUUUAUCUGGACAAAAUAAUAGUUGCGUUUUAAAACACGUGUUAGUUCUAUACAAUUUAUUGUCGUGUGUACGUCGAAAUUUGCUCGUCUUUAUAUAAAAUGAGGAGAAAUUGUGUUCACAUUGAGGCGGAGGAUAAACCUGCUGGACCGGGAUUUUCUAGCCGCAUACCCAGUGCUCGCCCUCCAUUAAGGGAAGUUCAGAAUGCUGAUAAAAGACCACUUCGAUACAAGAAAUCAUCAGUGGAUAAUUUGGGCACCGCAUGUGCGGAAACGCAGACAUCUUGUCUGGACUCUCCCCUCAAUAAGAAACACGCAUCAAAGCCGGAAGUUAUUACUAAAUCACUAAAAUUAAGGCCCAUUGAAGAUAGAUUUGAGAGAAAUGAACUUUCUGCAGCAUCGGGCAAGUCAGCAAAAUCAACCGAUGCAUCAACAUCAAAGCCACGUUUAGGAGAAAAUAAGGAAGUUGCCGGCUUAUCAUUGACUAGUAAACAUUGUUUUAUAAAAUCAGAUGCUAAUGAAAAAUAUUGCAAGUAUGAAUUUGUUGUGAAAUAUGUACAUUCUGAUGGAGAUAAUUUAAAACCGCGGAAAGCCGUGUCUCCUAUUUUACCCAACCCGGACGUCGGCAAAGAUGUUCUCUUGGCACGGUUCGCCGAAGAACCAGCCCGGAAAAAGACCUUAUUAAAAGCGCGACGUUUACGAACUGAUCAAAGAGAUGAAAACUCUCCAUACUGCAUUGAUAUUUUCAACAGGGAAUAUUUAGCAGAAAAUAUGCAAGAAUCAUUAAGGAUGGAUAUGUAUUACACUGGAAGGCGUGGUUUUUUAGAAAAGCAUAAUAGUCAUUUAACUGAGAGGGACCGAAGUAAAAUUUUAAAUUGGAUUUUGACUAUUGCGGAAGAUAUAAAACUGAGCGAGUAUGUAUAUUUUAAAUUAGUACGUCUACUGGACAACAUCCUUGAAAACUUAGCGAUACCGAAAAACAUGUUGCAAUUGGUUGCGAUUGUCGCUUGUUGGAUUUUACUGAAGAUGGAUGAAACCUGGGUUCCGUCGGUAAGAAAAGUUGGCACUUUAUGUGCGAACGUGUACACUACUAAACAAAUUCUUGAUAUGGAGAUGAAACUUUUGAAUUUUACCGCAUUUAAUUUGAAAAUAAGCGCUCCAAACGAUUUCUUCUAUUUUCAAAUAGUACUUCAAAAUGAUUUCUUUCUUUGAUUAGCUACGUCAUUGGUAAGUUUCAAAAUAUUAUUACAUCCUACCUUCGAACCUUCGUACGGUGCUUUGAAUGGGAGUCACUUCUACCGCACCUUUCGUACGGUGCCCUGAAUGGGAGUAACUUCUACUGCUACCUUCGUACGGCGCCCCGAACACGAGUCACUUCGCUACCUUCGUACGGUGCCCUGAAUGGGAGUCACUUCUACCGCUACCUUCGUACGGUGCCCUAAACAGGAGUCACUCCCGCAGCCUGGGGAGAAAAGCAAAUGAUAUUUGUAGUGUUAAAAUGUUUUUCUGUUCUCAUAUUAAAUUUUUCAUUUGUAACACCCUGUAUAUUUGUUUUCAUUUUCAAUAACGUAGAAAAUGAAUUAUUUUCUAAUUUCCUUAUUCCGGUAGAACCAUACGAAGUGGUACUUGUUUAUAUGUGCGCAGCUUUGCAGGUCGUAAGUCUUGUUUCAAUAUGGCGACAUGUAUUCUGUUGACUUGUAAAGUCUAAACUUGUAUUCUAUUGUUAAUAAAUAAAUAGUAAGAUA